AUGAGCAAGAAAGUCAAGUUGCAGAGUUCUGACCACGAACUCUUCGAAGUGGAAAUCAAUGUCAUCCGCCUGUCGAACACCAUCAAAACAAUGUUGGAAGAUCUCGGAGUAGAAGACGAAGAGAAUGAAUCUGAACAUAUACCACUGCCAAAUGUUAAUGCUGCAAUUCUGAAGAAGGUAAUCCAAUGGUGUACGUAUCAUAAGGACGAUUCGCCGCCCCUUGAAGACGACGACACCAAGGAGAAGCGGAGUGAUGAUAUAUCUUCGUGGGAUGCUGAUUUCCUGAAAGUGGAUCAAGGGACACUUUUCGAAUUGAUUCUGGCAGCAAAUUAUCUCGACAUCAAGGGACUUCUCGAUGUCACGUGCAAAACUGUUGCAAACAUGAUUAAAGGCAAGACUCCGGAAGAGAUUCGAAGAACUUUCAACAUUAAAAACGACUUUACUCCUCAAGAAGAAGAACAGGUACUUGACUUUUGUAGCUGCUGGAUUUAA